AUGCAAGCCAACAUAGGGAGGCACCUAUGCGGGUGCUACAUAUUCAACUCGGAGACCUGCAAACGUAGCUACUUACCGCAGGUCAAUAUGGACGCCCACACAACAAUCUUGUCAAUGGCCUCUCGCACAGUACUGACGCAAACUUUUUUCAAUGGCUCCGAAAACGCGUUGGAUGAGAUAAGGUAUGCUUUUCCGUUGUACGACGGCGUCAGCGUCGUCGAUUUCUACUGCCAAGUCGGAAAACGCACAAUUUAUGGUCUAGUCAAAGAAAAGAACGAUGCCAAAAAGACCUACGAAGAGGCCAAGGAACGAGGUGAAAGCGCUGCGUUGCUGGAACAGCUACCUAAUGCCGCCGAUGUCUUUACAACUACAAUUGGCAAUAUUCCCUCUAAUGCAACAGUGAAAAUCACUAUCAAAUAUGUGCAGGAGCUCAAGCAUGAUGCCCAAGUCGAUGGCCUGCGCUUUACCAUGCCAACAUCGAUUGCUCCGCGCUACUACAAAGGUUACUCCGGAGGUUAUGCUUCAGAACUACAAGAAUCACUAAAACAAAUACCUUCUAAAGAAAUUUCAAUCACCGUGGAUAUCAGCAUGCCUGAGGGUGUCCCGAUCAAAAAGAUUGUUUCUCCCUCCCACCCUAUCCAAGUCACACUUGGUUCACUAUCCAGCAGUGCCAUUGAUGAGAAUCAGUCACUUUCUCAAGGUUCAGCCACUCUUGCUCUAGGUACGACGGGACUUGAGAAUGAUUUUAUCCUUCAAGUGGUUGCAAAGGACAUCGGUGUUCCUCAAGCAAUUUUAGAGCAACACCCAACGUCGCCAAAUCAACGCGCUUUGAUGACUACCUUGGUACCAAAGUUCAAUCUCAAGUCGCAGAAACCAGAAAUCAUUCUCAUUGCAGAUCGUUCGGGUAGUAUGCGAGGGGAGAACAUGACCACUCUCGUGGCGGCACUGAAAAUAUUUUUGAAGUCGAUUCCUCUUGGCUGCACAUUCAACAUCUGCUCUUUCGGGUCAAGUCAUAAGUUCCUUUGGCAUAAAAGCCAGAUAUACGAUGAGAAAACGCUGCAGCAGGCGAUCAAACAUGUUCAGGAUUUUGACGCCAGCUUCGGUGGAACAGAAACUCUUGCCGCCGUCGAGGCAUGUGUCGAAGCCCGUAGCAAGGAUGGCCCGACUGAGCUUAUUUUGCUCACCGAUGGUGACAUAUGGUCUCAGGACGAGCUUUUCAGCUAUCUUUCCCGUGAAACUGAGAGUGGAGAUAUUCGCGUCUUCCCCUUGGGUAUUGGUGGAGGGGUAUCGAGUGCAUUGAUUGAGGGUGUCGCAAGGGCGGGGUGUGGCUUUGCUCAGAUGGUCACAGACAACGAGAAGAUGGAUAGCAAGGUGGUUCGCAUGCUGAAGGGAGCACUUACUCCACAUAUCAAGGAUUAUCGUCUGGAGAUCAAAUAUGAAGAUGGUAGCGUCGAGAAUGUCGCCGAUGGCCUUCGCGUACACCUCGAUCCCAAGGACUCCAAGGACUCAAGUGACAAAACAGAAACCAAGCCUAUAUCAUUGUACGACCCUGGUUUUAAAGAAGAGCACCCUAAGGAAGGCGAGUCAAAGGACGUUUUCGCAGGUCUUCCGGAUGUCCAGCGUCCAAGUCUCCUGCAAACGCCUCACAAUAUUCCUUCUUUAGUUCCCUUCCAUCGUACUUGCGUAUACUUGCUCAUUGCGCCCGAAUCCUCGCACUUAAAGCUCAAGAGUGUGUUCCUAAGAGGCACCUCCCCACAAGGUCCUCUCGAGCUCGAAAUUCCAGUCGAGUCGCGCAAGGAUGCCGACGACAUGAUCCACCAGCUCGCUGCACGAAAAGCAACCCAAGAGCUUGAGGAAGGCCGAGGCUGGAUCUCAGGUGCUACCAUCGAUGACACUGGUGUGCUGAUCAAGGAAAAGCAUCCAAGCAUGUAUGCUCUGCUCCAAAGACGCGAAGCCGUACGUUUUGGAGUUGAAUUCCAGGUUGGAGGGAAAUACUGCUCCUUCGUAGCAGUUGAAGCAAAUAAAUCCACUAUUGCUGAGAUGCGCCAGAAAGCUCUGCAAGCAACGAUUGACAGAGAUGUUGCUAGCAAAGACGAAGAAGAAGAAAGUGAAGAUUGGGACAUGAUCGAUGAGGAAGCUCCAUUAAGUCAAUCUCGGUCGCUCCACUCAACACCGCACUCAAGGCAAAUAGCCGGAGCCAUGCUCAGCGAUAGAAGCUUGAGUCAUAGAAGCCUAGGUCGUAGAAGCGGCGGUAGAGGCGGCGCGGCCGCCAUGGGCUACUUCAAGCCCCUUCCCGCAUCCGCAAGCCAGUCGAGAAGUCGAGGCGGCUUCUGCAACUUCAGUGCGGAAGAAGAAAAAGAGCAAGAGGACGAUGACUCGGACGAGGACAUGGGAUGUGGACUUUUUGAUGACGAUGAACCUAGUGCUGCACCACCCUCCAUCAUCGACCCCGGAAAAUUCCUCCAGCGUCUAAUCGCGCAGCAAUCCUUCUCCGGCACUUGGCCAUCUAUCCCGGGUCUUCCGUGCAGGGAAAUGGGCAUCAACGUUGCGGAGGCGAUGGAAGUGGCGCAGAGACUCGUUGACGAUGGAGUAGCAAAAGACGUGAGCGUGGCGGAACAGUAUGUAGCUACGGCUGCGGUGAUUAGCUUUUUGGAGAAGAAGAUGGCGAAUGAGGAGGACACGUGGGAGUUGGUUGUUGAGAAGGCGAGGACGUGGCUGGAGGAUACGGUUGAUGAUGCGUAUCUUGACAGGGUGUUGGUGGCUGGUAAGAGUAUUGUGGGUGCUUGA